CCGAGGGAAAAGUCUCCAAAACUUCCAGCUCCUUCUCAGCGCAGCCCCACGCCGGUGAGACCCGCGCCAUGCCCAGCCACCCCGCCGGCGCCCUGCUGCUGGUGCUCGCCCUCUGCUCCCUCCUGGAAGACGGUAUGGGCCACCCUCCGCUGGAGUCCCCCCUGGCUUCGCACUCCAGGACCAAGCGAUGUUCCUGCAAUAGCUGGCUGGAUAAGGAAUGCAUCUACUUUUGUCACCUGGAUAUCAUCUGGGUCAACACACCUGGGCACACCGCUCCCUAUGGCUUGGGGAGCCCUCCGAAGCGGCGCAAGAGAUCGCUCGGCAGGUGUGAGUGCUCGCACUCGAGGGACAGCAUCUGUGCUGCCUUCUGCCAGGCGAAGCCUGGGUACCUUCAGAGUCUGAAGCUCCCAGUGAGCUCUGGAGCAUCAAUGAAGUCUCUGCAGAGCAGUGGUGUGAGGCCUUCCCAUCAUGGCCUGCUGAGAGCUCUCAGGGAUCUUGCCAUCUCCAGCCUGCAGUUCAGCAAGCAUCAGCAGCGCUCCCGGAGGAGCGCACAGCCAACAGUUUUGCCUUGGAAGAAAAACAUCUGGAAGAAGAAGAGAUAAGAAACAGGUGCAUGCCAAGUUCACCAGAAGAAUCUGGGAGUCCUGUGGGUGCCACUAACUCCACUGUCGGUAGUUAGAGCUGAAGGAAAGGCCAUGAGUGGAAGGGGGAAGAAGUGGAAGUCUCCAUGCUCCUGUUGCGUGAACCAGUACUGAAUGCACUCCAGAGACUGUUGUAAAGGGAAAACUCUCUCUCUAUACAGUCAUAGAUAUGUCGUGGAGCUGAAUUGUGCCUUUUUGGAUCAGGCAAGGGUCCUGCUGGAGGAGUACUAGCUUAACUCUGCACCGGAGUCUUAGGCAGAGAGUCAGCCCAUGAUGGGCAGUUAAAUCACAUAGAAACCAGGUGGCUCUGUGCUUCUGGACCUGGCAGCACUGAGCCCAGAUCUCUGUCCUGCUCCGCUCUGCCUUUGAGCCAUGUCCAGGCAUGGUCCCAGUUUGGCCCCAGUCAGAGGUGGUUUGGCUGGUCAUUGUAGUCGGGGAUAAGCUACCUCCAGUGCGAGCCCACCUUUGCACUUUCUUCUCUUACUUGCCAGGCAGUGCAAUGUGCGUGUGAAUGAGACUCCCAUGGUGAAACAGCUCCCAGUUUUGAUUAAAACAAGUGUAUCAUCUAGAAGCCUGAAA